AUGGCGGUUGGGGGGUGCGUGAAGGGGCCCUUCAAACGCGUCUACCCGCUUUCGCGCGCUUACCCCCCCUCACAUCGAGCAGUCACUGCGGCACAAACCACAAGCCUGGACAUUGUUGGAGGCAGACGAACGGAGGGCCGGGUGGGUCAAAGGAAGGGGGGCAACGGCGCGCGUGGGCGAGCGCCUGAAAUAGCUACGCCUCGAGCACGAGCACGCGGUGAGCACAGCGUCGCCGCUCGCCCGCUCAUUGGCCUACGCCAGUGCCAGCGACGCCUUCCGCUGACGCCGCAUCUUUCGUGCGUGGCAGGGUCCGAGCACGACGGAGGAGGAGGGGGAGGUGUGCGCGGGCACCAAGUGCGCGCUCGAGUUGUGGCGCCUCAUCCAGGAGCGGGUCCAAGCCGAGGCGAGUGGGAACACUCGAGGCCCGGGGGAGGCCACGAGGGCUGCGGCACCGACCUUAGACGGCGGCUCCAGGAGGAUGCGGAUGCCCGCGCGACAUCCGGCAAGGCGGCGCUGAAUCGUCCCGAGCGUGGGCCGAGUGUCGGGGUCGUUAUCGAGCCUGCGAGCGCACCUAGCGUUGCUCUGGCGGCAGACCACACGGAUACCCUCGUCAGGCUUGUCAUGGAGAGGGCGGCCGCGAAGCAGGCGAGCCCGAAGCGUACUAGGCUUAUCAUGGGAGGGACCGAUGUGAGUCAGGAACUAGACGUCAUGGACCGCAGACCAGAGGACAGAACGUAUCCACCCGGCCUCCUCAAUGACGAUCUCAUCAUCCUCCUUCUCCCCCACGUCGUGUCCAUGUGGAUCGAAGUGGAGUGGCGUGCGCUCAACCACGGCGUCGCGUUCCCCACUAUCGCCGCCCUGCGCAUGGCAGCUGUCCCAUUCAAUAGCGUGUUCCAGAAGAUCCUUGCCCACCCGGAAGGUGGGGCGUUACGCUUGAAACCAGAUAUGGGGGGGGGGGAGGAGGAGGGGGAGGAGGGGGAGGAGCGGGAGGAGGAGGAGGAGGCGGAGGAGGAGGAGGAGGAGUGGGGAGAGGAGGAGGUGGUGGUGGUGGUGAACGGGGAGAAGGAUGGAGUGAUGGAUGAGGGCAGACAGCGGAGCGGGUCGUUUCGGUGGGGGGGGGGAGCAUCGGAAGGGCAGCCGACCAGAGGAGGGGGGGGGGAGGUAGCACCGAAGGAGGGAGAUGAUCACGGGCAGGUAAAGACAGGGAAUGAGGGGCCAGGGGAGCAGGAGGCACCGACCUUGACAGCGGCGGGGGAGGGGGAAGAGGGGCUGCUGCUGGGGAGGGGGGAGCGGGAGGUGGGGGGCGAGGGUGGGGAGGAGGAGGAGGAGAAGGAGGAGGAGGAGGAGGAGGAGGAGGAGGAGGAGGAGGAGGAGGAGGAGGAGGAGGAGGAGGGGAACGGGGAGAAGGAUGGAGUGAUGCAUGAGGGCGCACGGUGGAACGGGCCGUUUCUGUGGGGGGAAGAAUCUUCGGAAGGGCAGGCGAAUGAAGGGGGGGGUAGGGAAGUAGUGCCGAAGGAGGGAGGUGGGAAUAAGCGGGUGGAGGCAGAGACCAAGGGGCCAAGGAAGCAGGAGGCGCCGACGUUGACAGCGGAGGGGGGAGGAGAGGAGGGACUGCUGCUGGGGAGGGAGACGUGGAGUCCGGAGGAGGAGGGGGGGGAUCCGUGGCGGGUGGAUGAUACACCACAGCCUCGAGACGUGGAUGCGCGAACCCUAGCCCCCCCUUGUGCGGGCUCGAUCCGGGAUGCCGAUGCCCUUGCACUGAUCCCCAAGGGGCAUGCGGUAGGUGUUUGGGAGUCAGGGAGUGAAACGUGGCCUAAAGGUAGAGAGCGAGAUCGCCUCAUUCUCAUCGAGUACCACAAGGCGUGCUUGCAGCGGCUGGACCGCCAGCGGGUGGGGGACGCUAAAUUGUCGCCUGAAGACGAGGAGUGGGUUCAUUCUAUGAUUCCAAACUCCGCCCCGACGCUCCGAGAAGGAAAUGCGGCGAUCCAUCGCUUGAACGGGAGAGGAUACGACGGAAAGAGGCGCCGUGCAUCACGCCCUGCGCCUCCACAGAAAGGGAGGAGCACGAAUCGCGAGAGCGAGCCGGUGGAGGAGCCGACGAACGGGCCAAUGGGGAGGGAGGCGUCGCAACAGACGGAGAAGGCGGAGGUACGGGAGAAGCCGCGGGUGAGGGCGAGGCGGGGGGGAGGGGGGGUAGCGCAGCCGAUCGAGGGGGCGGGGGAGAAGGUAGCGCCAAAGGUGGGGACGAAGGGGAAUACGACGCGGCGUGCGCAGGGUCGGAAGGGUUUGCACGUGCCGCAGAGCCGGGGGGUCGGGGUGCAAAGGAAGAGGAAGAGGACCGAUGAGGAGGGGGAGGAGGAGGUGAAGGAGGAAGUGAAGGGGGAGGGGGGUGAGGUGAGGGAGGGAGUGGAGGAGAAGGGGGCGAGGAAGAAGGAGUGCAAGGCCGGGAAGGCAGGUGAGGAAUCGGAGGACGUGGUGGAGGUGGCGGCCCAGCUGCAGACGGACUCGCCGGCUGUCAUGGAGGGCCUCAAGGCGGCCGUGCGGGGCCACGGCCGGCGGGGUGGGGUGAAGGAGGAGGUGAAUGGGGCGGAGGAUGAGGUGAAUGAGGGAGUGAAGGAGAAGGAGGGCGAGGAGGAUGAUGUGGUGGAGGUCUCGGCGGCCCAGCUGCAUGCGGACUCGCCGGCUGUCAUGGAGGGCUGCGAGGCGACCGUGCUGGGCCACCGCUGGCAGGGGGGGGGGGGGGGGGCGGGAAGGCUGCCCCGGUCGAUGAGGUGGCCCAGAGUAUGUCGUGCCCGCACUAACGAUGCUGCUCCGGGGGGGACGUCGCCCUCCGGAACCCCACGUGGACAAAAGCGAAAGCUAGAGGCCUCCGAGGGGAGAACAGCACAGCAGGAGAAAGUGCGUUCUAAGAGCGGUGGGGUGCGGCCAUGCAAGAAGAGGAACGGCUACUUUAUAGCGGAACCGUGGCUGGGCAAGAGGCGGUUCUGGUUCGCUCGGGUUCGGCACGCGGACGAAGCGAGGUACAUCACCGCCGUGGCGCACAUGGCCUUCUACAAGACAGUUAAGCGGGUGGAGAUCGGAGCUGGAGAGGUGGCGGACUGGCAAGCGGAACUGGAUAUCGCCAGGCUAAUCCCUCCAGGCAUGUGGAGUGCCAUGGUCGAACGCGGUCUCGCCUCGUCCGCUGAUUGGUGGUGGAAAAUGUUCGAGUGGUUCCGAGAACACCGCUCCCGGCACGACUCGGCGUCCAUCCACGCGUUGCUUGGCGCAAUGGUGGGGGCACGGGCAGCGACUGCUGCAAAACGGGUCGUGCCGUCAUACGAUGUGGCAAUAGCGUGCGGCUUUGCGGCGGUCAGCGCGUCUCUGGAUGAGAAAAUAUUGAAUGCAACCGACGAGGCCAAAUUUGCGGCAACGAUGUUGGGUGCGGACACUGCUACGGCUGAUGUGUUCAGUGCCGUGGCCUAUACUGCGGUGCAAGCUGUUGUUAAUUUCAACAAGCAGCGUGAAGAUGCCAACGCCUUGGUCGCGAGUGAGGAGGCAUCGCUCAUCGUUCGCCAGCUGAACGGCGAGGCUCUUGCCUCGUGUAGCAAACUCCAAGAAGACCAUGGCAAGGACGUCGUCGAGCUGGUCGUGAAGGAAACCCUGGACACUAAAUGUCUCUCCUUUUUCCCAUCUGCUUGUACAACUCUCCCAUCCCCUGCCCCCGCACCCGUGGACAUCAGUGUGGUGUGGCCUCUACUACAACAAGAAAAUCGAUAG